CAUUAUGAGCAGCAUCUAGCCCAAGGCAUUUAGCUAGCGUUUGUCCUUUGGUUCACUAUCUGCUAUCGCUCCGAAGCGCGCCAAGACAGCUACUGUCAACGAACCAACCUAGACAUCCUACUAUUAUCGCCAUGGCCGAACAAUCGCCCGAUUACAAGAAGCUGUUUCUCGAAGAACAACGCAGGCGUGAAGAGGAGCAACGCAGGCGUGAAGAGGGGCAACGCAGGCGCGAAGCCGCGGAGCAGGCGCAGAAGGAAGAACAACACAGGCGCGAAGAGGAGCAACGCAGGCGCGAAGAGGAACAACGCAAGCGCGAAGCGGCGGAGCAGGCGCAGGAUAGGGCCGAAGAGAAAACCCGCAAGACGACUCUUCCGGAGUUCCUUGACGCCUGCCACACUUAUCUACACUCCGGUCUCACCGUGCAGACUGAUACGACCUUGUCGACGCGGGGCGACCCUGCGAAUGCGACUAACAAGCUUGGACCCGAAAAUCUCGUUCUAUGGGAGGACUUCCCAGCACAGCAGGCAGCGGUCUGGGACGUUCUUAUGGCAUCGGACUUCGCCUCGGAGCGACACUUCACAUCGCUGCACACGUUGGAAGAAUCUGGGCAAGCGAUCCUGCGCAAGAUGAUGAGUUCCGAGCUAGAUCUCCAUCUCUUUCAGCGUUCCGCCGUAGACGACCCUGUCACGUCUAUUAUCGAACGAUUAGUACGAUGCGUCCAACUUCAAAAAUAGCCCGCACAAGCUCCGUGAUUUUCACACGGCCAACCCUACCCGCCCAGGGCCUCCAAAAAGGCUGGAUUGGUGGGUACAGUGUUGGGAGGAGGACAGAUAACGUGUACAGGUGCACAAUCAUAAAAGGAAAACGAAUGCUGG